CUGAGCCCGCAGAUAUGGGGAAAUUUUAGGGAAGCAGGGGCCGUAAGUCCUCUCUUGCCUUGUUCAUUGUGGCGAUUCCACUUCACAGUUUCCGUUCUCACUGUCAGUUCACGCGAACUCCUACGAAAUUGGGUAGUGGCGACAGCCAUGUUUACCGAUACGAUGAAUCUUGCCCCAAGUUUUUCAACUUGCUUUUCCAUGUUAGGGCAAGCGGAACGUCGUCGAAUUCUUACCAGAGGGUGGCAACAAUCACCUUGUGAUGAGAUGAAGCAGGUAUUAUCGAAAGGGAAGCGACGCUGUAUUCUUGCAUUCCUCUUAAUCUUUCCAAUUCAAUCUCCCAGAGGAUUUCUGCUCCUCUUCUGGGUGAGAGAGAGAUGUUACCUGACAAGAGCCUCUAGAAUUGCGUAUUUUUAUGCUUUAUCACCAGCCCAACACAUUCGUCAUGGAUUUGAUGUCCAUUUUGUCAGGCCCCGUACAUUAUUUAUAUUAAUCCUUCGUAUUACUCCAAUGUCAUGGAGUGGUAUCGACAGGGGUAUAGCACUCAACCCGAUAUCCGAUCAGAGUGGGGAAGUGGGCUCCCCCGUCCGAGAGUGUCGUUCUGAUCCCGAUGGCCUCGAUAACGAUGACAUCAUCGUGAUAGGGUUCCCUUCAACACCUGGCACUGGUGCUCUCGCCUGCUACAGAUUGUGUUCUCUAUCGGUUCGGAAGUCUGUUGGUGAGAUGAAUGGGGGGAUGAGAUAAUGCGAGGGUACAGGAAUUGCGGGACUUGGCAUACCGAACCGAUGUCGCGUGCAACCAGUGAUGGCUCCCACCGGCUCCUCGAUUACCCAAUCGGCACGGAGCAGAGUGAUGGACUAAUGGGUGACUCGGCAUGGUCCGGA